AUGACACAAACCUCGGAAUACGACUACAUAAUUUGCGGUGGAGGCACCUCUGGCUGUGUCGUCGCAGCCCGCCUUGCUGAAAACCCCUCUCUGCGUAUCCUGCUAGUCGAAGCCGGCGCCCACAACGAGCAUCUCGAAAACGUGCACAUGGUCGGUGGAUGGUCAAAGAACUUCGACACACCUCAAGAUUGGAAUAUCGUCACCGAGCCUGCAGCGGGGAUUGACAAUCGCCAAGUCAAAGUCAGUAGAGGCAGGUUCUUGGGAGGAAGUAGUGGUGUCAAUGGUACGCUGUGUAUCAGAGGCACGGAACAGGAUUAUGAUGAUUGGGAAUUGGAGAGGUGGAGUGGGAAGCAGAUGUUUGAGGCUAUGAGAAAGACUUUUCACACUAAAGAGUGGUUCGAAGCCAGCGAAGGUGCACAUGGUACUGAUGGGCCCCUACACAUCGAGCCUCACGACCUAGCACCAAUCUCUGAGAGACUGCUGGACUCCUUCCAAAGUCACGGUAUGCCUCUUCACCCGGAUAUGUUCACCACAGGAGAAACAGCUCAAGGCUGUGGACAUGCUCCCCGUACCGUGUACCAAGGACUGAGAACCACUGGUGCCGAUUUCGUAACCAAAGAUCAACACAAAGCCAACAUUGAGAUACUCGUCAACACUGUGGUGGACAAGAUCAACUUCCAAGACGUGAAUGGACAGAUGACGGCCAAGAGUGUUGAUCUGACCGGGCCAGACGGUAGACGAAAGACAGUGCAAGCAAAGUCUGAGAUCAUCAUCUCUGGCGGAGCAUAUUGUACUCCUCCGAUUCUUCUUCGUUCUGGUAUUGGCCCACGCGGCGAGCUGGAGAAGAUGGGCAUCGAUUGCUUGGUUGACGCACCUGGAGUCGGACAAAAUCUGCUUGAUCACCUCAUUGUCUUUGUGUUCUAUGAGACAGAACAAGCUGGACUGACGACUGAUCACCAUGUCUACCAUGGAGACAGCCUCGGCACGACAUAUGCUCAGUGGCAGAAGGAAAAGACAGGCUUCCUCUCUACAUUCCCAUUCGGAGCAUUUGCCUUUGCUCGACUUGACGAGAGACUGAAGGACGAGCCAACUUGGCAAGAAGCGAUGAUAGGGGCUGCGCCAGGAAGAGAUGCAAUGGGUUUGACCAAGAGUCAGCCAAACNGACCGAAGCAGUAUGCAGACUUCCCCAUCGACAACAAGCACGCCUUCUCGAUGAUCACGGAACUAUUCAGCCCAAGAUCACGAGGCACAGUUGUGCUGAAGUCAAAGGAUCCGCUGGACAACCCGAUCGUGGAUCACAACUAUCUAUCAGACCCACUAGAUCUAUUGGUGCUGACAGAGGGAGUCCGUAUGGGCAACGAGGUGGUCAUGCAGGGCAAAGGAACAAAGGACAUUGUGAAGGGAUCCUGGCCAGGCAAGUGCUCCUUUCUUGGAAAGAUCAAACACGAGCUAAUUUUAUUACCAGCAAACCUCACUCACCAUGCAUUCACCAAGCGCGAAGAAUGGAUACCUCAUGUCAAGCAACACGCAACUACAUGUUAUCAUGCAGCAGGAACAGCUAAGAUGGGCAAAGCCUCGGACAAGAUGGCUGUGCUCGACGAGAAACUCCAAGUACGUGGCGUCAAGGGAUUAAGAGUGGCGGACUGCUCUGUCAUGCCAACAUUACAUGGUGGCCAUACUCAAAUGCCAGCCUACGGCAUUGGUGAGCAGUGUGCAAAGUUCAUCAGGCAGGCUUCUAGAGGGGCCUCGAACGAGUUGGAGAGGAUGGACAGUGCCAUGCAGCCCCUGAAGGUGAACUAA